UCAUCUCAUCUCAUUUCAUCUCUCUCUCUCUCUCUCUCAAAUGGAGAUCAACAAUGGUGGAAUGUUUUCUUACACAUCAUCUUCAACCUCAUCACCACCACCAGCCGCUGCUAUCAAUUCUUCAUCAUAUUUAUCGUUAAACAUGAUGAAUAACGAUGAAUAUUCACAUGUUAAUAAUUACAGUAAGCAGCAGCAGCAGCAGCAGCAGCAGGUGGUUGGAUUAAUGGAGAAAGAUGGUAUUCAGAUGUAUGAAAGUUCCGACGACAUGGUGGCUGAUCAGCCGACCAGCAGCCGGUUAACCGACGAUCUGAACAUGGCGUCAGGGAAGAGUAGUAUCAGAAAAGGAGAGAAGAAGAUCAGAAAACCCAAACAUGCUUUUCAAACGAGGAGCCAAGUUGAUAUACUUGAUGAUGGUUAUAGAUGGAGGAAGUAUGGUCAAAAGGCCGUCAAGAACAAUAAAUUCCCCAGAAACUACUAUCGUUGUACAUAUCAAGGAUGCAACGUCAAGAAGCAAGUUCAACGCCUAUCAAAUGAUGACGGAGUUGUGGUUACAACGUACGAAGGAAUGCAUUCACAUCCAAUUGAGAAAUCUACCGAUAACUUUGAGCAUAUUUUGACACAGAUGCAAAUCUAUUCUCGCUAAAAUAAUGUACAACCCAUUAUUGCUAGUGUCUUGUUUUAUUGUACCAAUCAUAACCCUAAAAAACUUACAAAAAUGCCAAGUCAUCUUUCUACCUAUCCUUCUAAUAACACGAAGAUGAUAUUUAAAAAUCUAA